AUGUUUCGCUUCUUCAGAAGAUUGAAGGACAAUACUACUCACAGGAAGAGGAAGGGCAACUGCAAGCAGCAGACCCCAGCCGACACCCCCACCUCCUCUCGCCACCAACAGGACCAGGAGCAGCACCCCGCGAGCCUGGGCAGCAACAACGACAUCAUCAUCAAGUCGAAUGACCCCAACGCGCCCUUCGCCCUCGCCAGCACCGUGUCGGCCUACGUCUCCCCCUCCACCCCCCGCACCCCCGCGCCCUUCCACAACAAGUCCGACAUCGCCCACAAGAUUAAGAGGCGUAUCAAGAGCGUGUCUGCCUCGUUCCAGACCGUCGACUGCAUCGCACCAGAUCUCUCUACUUCUCCAUCUUCUACUUCUUCUUCAGCUGCUUCUUCUUCUUCUACUUCACUUUAUUCCUCUUCCGCAGCCAUCGCCAGCCGGGUCCAUGCCAUCUGCCUCUCGCUGCCGUCCAACACCCCGGCCGUCCUCGAGCUCUGUGACGACUUCGCACCUCGCCGAGAGACUACGUCGUCGACCUCGUCGAACCACGUCGCCUUCGAGACCGACGUGUCGGGCUUCAACGCUCUGCCGCUCGAGCUGGUGUCGCACAUCUUCAGCUUCCUGCCAGCUUCCACCCACGACAUCUGCAACGCGAGCGCCGUGUGCUGGAGCUGGCGCGAGCUCAUCCGCAGCGACUCGAGCCUGGCCGCCCGGCGGCGCCAGCACUGGCGGCACGUCAACUGGCGCGCCGGCCGGUUCUACCUACGCAACACGCUCCCGCUCAAGACCCACCCGAUCUGGCAGCUCCUCCCUCGACCCAACGCCAAGGACACGGUGUUCCACUACUCGGGCAUGGACGGGACGGUGCAGGCGCUGGACCUCAGGAGCGGCGAGCUCACCGCCUCGCUGACCCUUCCCUCGCAGAACUUCCCGGUGUUGGCAGUGAACGAAUCGUGUACGCGCCUGGUCAUCUCGACCAAGAAGAGCAAUGACACCUACGCGGUCGAGGAGUACGACUUCCACUCGGGCAAGCUGGUGCGGAGCAUCGACUGCCACAGCGGGUGGAUCACCUGCCUCCAGUUCCUCAACGACAACCACGUCGUGACCGGCUCGCAAGACCACUCGCUCAAGCUGUGGAAUCUCGACUCCGGCGAGUGCGUGAAGCAGUUCGCCGGCCACACGGCGGCGGUGACCUGCCUCCAGGUCUUGAAGCGUAAAACCACCGCCAACGCGCCUUUCCGCUUAGUGAGCGGAUCCCAGGACGGCUCCAUCAAGAUCUGGGAUGUGGACAGCGGUGAAGCGUUGCACACUCUGCCGUGCCGAUUCCCGAUCUUUGCGCUCCACGCCGAGAACAACCUGGUGGCGGCCGCGGGCUGCAAGAAGGAGAACCGCACCAGUGAGAAGGGCUGCCUCAAGCUCUGGAACUGGGAGCGCGAAGUCGUGCUCCGCGAUAUCGGCUCACAACCGCAAGCUGGCAAGGCCAUGGCACCGAUCAGCGGAGUGUUCCUGAGCGGCAUGCAGAUGCUGACGGUCGAGAGUGGUUGGAUGAGCUUCCGCUGUCGCAAGUUCAGGAAGACCGGCGCCAUUCGUCUCUGGGACAUCAAGACCGGAGCGCUCAUCGCCAAGAUCGCUGACUUCCGCAUGCGUGAGCACACGAACAAGUCGCAGUGCGUGGUCUCUCUCCUGGUGGACGACGAGAAGAAUGUCAUCGUCGGCAUCGAGGAGAUGGAGCACAUCAAGCCCUCGGCGCUCUCUCACAUCUUCAAGAUCAAGAGCAUGGUCAAGGUGUGGAGCCUCAAGGAGGGCAAAUAG